CUGCCAUGAAGUCAUCUUAUCCCAUUGAAGCAUGUUCAGACAGUUGAAAGUGAGUUUGGAAGUUUAGAAAUGGUUUUGAGGGACCAAUACCAAAUUCUACAGAAAAUUGCAGGUUGGUGCCUAGCGUUGGGCACUUUCUUCUUUGCGCUAGAGAGCUUGGGACAUAGUCCUUUGCACUGGGUUCCAAUUCCUUUGCGCUGGAGACCUGCUCCAAUAAACAGUUUCUGUUGAUUCCCAAAGUCACUUUGUCUGCCAUUAUGUCCGUUUCCCAAGUUUUGACUGAGCUUGCACCAGUGCAUGGAGGUUAUGGGUAACCAGGUAUUGCCUUUGUAUCCUCCCUAAACAAAAGUUUCAUAGGAAAGUGAAAGACCUUUGAAAAUUUUGAACUUUCUCAUUUAAUGCUUGGCCCCUUGAACUUCCCUAUAAAUAGCAAGGCCUUCUUGCCAUAAUCCUCACACCAAAAUCCUUCCAAAAUCCUGCUGCCUCAUGGCUUUCCCUUUAGCCACUUUGCUCAAGCCUUGGAUGGACCAAUUCAAGGAAAUGGAUUGGCUGAAUUUUAGGAGCCGAGGAAUAUCUUCUCUCUGCUUCCUUCGAGACUUUUGCAUUCUCCCAGACAUGGUUCACGCAACGGUACAGCUCUGGGAUCUGGAGGUGCAUGUCUUUCGAUUCGGCAUUGAAGAGAUAUGUCCUACCGUUGAAGAGUUCCGCGUGUGCCUUGGUUAUUUUGAAUCAAACUUUCCGAUCAUUCCUCCCUUUCGGGCAAGCAUGGCGGGGGUCUUGCAAGACAAGCUUGGUGUAAGCGAUGCUCUUUCCAAGUUCUUGGUGCGGGAUGGCGAGCUUAAUGUCUUGCGCUUGAUUGAAAUGUUCAUGCGAGAUGGUGAUCCUUAUGACUUUGUCUGGCAAAGCAAACGCAUGUCGGCUUUGUGCAUGUGCUUGCUAGCUACCUAACUAUUGGUUUCUCCCACUGGUCGUGCUAGCCACCAUGCCGGUGUUACUGCCCAAAUGGAGGAGCGUAGGGAUGUUAUCCCCAUGGUGCUAGUAGAGACUUUGAUUGGUUUGGACGCAGUUCAUGCAGGACAGACUAGGUACUUUGGGGGCAGCCCACUGUUGCUGCAGAUGUGGCUUUGUGAUAAGAUCGGGGUUCUACGGCUUCCAUCGGCAACCUGGAGUUACAAUCCUUGUGUCUUCCUUUCUAGACAAUACCAAGCGGUGUAUGCAAACGUGGCGGGCUGGUUGUCCUUUCUUUCCUUGCUUUCGGGAGAAGAUAUCUUUUGGAGAUGCUUGUGGCUAUCCCUUCCUGACAUGGCCAUUCGGAACACGAAUACUCAAAGGAUGAUAUUGGCUUGCUUGAGCAGUUUCACCAAAUAUAUUCCUAGCCGUAUCUUUCGCCAAUUCGGGAUUCGUCAAAGGAUUAUGUUUGUCAGCCCCGAGGAGUUUGAAAUGCCCAGGUUUCGCGCAGCCACUCUUGAAGCCUAUGCUCGCACUUGGGGAGUCAGAAUGGUUUUGUCGGUGGAGCCAAACCCAUCCAUCAUGAUUUGAAAGAGUUACAAAAGCAUGCUGAGGAGGGAAUUAAGGGCAAGAGGAAUUCGCAUGUGACUGACUGCUUUGUGUUUGGAAUAAAAAUGUA